UCCAGUUCAACAUAAGUGAACAAACUGAUAUUUUCCUCUAAGAUUGCUUGGCUGCUCUCCACCAUACAAAUAUUUCAAAUAAUUUAUUUUUCCUGAAGAUAAAAGGGCAUUCCACCGGGCAUUACCAUUCUCAGUUUUCUUCCCUGCAACUUCUCCUUUAUAUUUCCAUUGUAGAGGCUGUCUGCCCUUCAAAAAAGGUUCUUUAGAGAUCAUAUUUAACAGAAGAGAUGAUGCUGAGAAGCUCGUCUACUCCAGUUCUUGGAUCCCUACUAUCAUCCUUUCCAGAAAAUCCUAACAAUAAUCACUACCAAUCUGAAGUGCCUAAAGACACACCAACUUCCAUCAAUCAAAAACUCUCUCGUGGAUCUCAACAUUACCCUAAAUCUUUAUGGCAUUCAUCUCCCUCGACCUCCAGCCAACGUUCCCCGAGCGGAUUUCGAAGAGUUCAAUCCGACGGAAACUUGGAAGAAUUGGCUAAUGUCUCGUAUAAUGUUGACGAGUUUAGUUUCUCCAACGCGUCGAAGAAAUUUGCUCGUAAACCUAAUUGUUUCGCGUUGGAGCCAAUCUCGUCUUUCUCGUCUCACAACUUGGGAACUUUUCGAGAAGAUGAAGACAGCGACGAGGACGAGGACGAAAACGAAGGGGAUGUAGAAAGUGUUGAGGAAAACCAAAUCAAGGGGCAUCACAUGCAUUUGAAAGAAGAGAUGACGAGUGUGAAUAAAUAUGAUACUUUGAUGUUUGAAGGGGAGAGGAAAAUGUAUCUUGCAACAGGGUUUGGGGUUGCGGAUAUUAGUUAUUUCGAUGGGAAUGGACCCGUUGGAGGAGGAAAUGGCGGCAGUGGUGGUGGUGGUGGGAACUAUAGACCGGUAGCCUUCGAUAGGGAUGGUGGCGACAGCCGUGGCAGACUUGGUAUGGAAGAGCACUACAAGAGAAUGCUGGAGGAAAGUCCAAACAAUCCUUUGUUUUUGAGAAACUAUGCUCAGUUCUUGUAUCAGACAAAGGGAGACCUUGAAGGAGCAGAGGAGUAUUAUUCCAGGGCUAUUUUGGCUGAUCCAGGAGAUGGUGAAAUUCUCUCACAAUAUGCUAAAUUGGUGUGGGAACUACACCGCGAUGAAGAUAGAGCCACAAGCUAUUUUGAACGAGCAGUACAAGCAUCUUCUUAUGACAGCCACAUUCAAGCAGCAUAUGCCAGUUUCCUCUGGGAAAUGGGAGAUGAAGAUCAAGACGAGGCAUCCGAGGAAACCAAUAUUGGGCCAGCACCCUUCCACAGCCAAGCCAUGGCUUCUGCAACUGCUUAGUUUAACUGCAAGACAACUGUUUCGAGCAGAGUAUCAAAAUUAAUGCUAGGGGAAUAGGAAUGACUGAGAGUUUGAUGCAUUUUCAGAUUUUAUUUGUUAAAGUAUACACCAUGUAAUUUUUAGAUCAUAUAAUUCUCAAGACACUAAACAUACUCAUAAAUAGGAUCUUAAUUUUAUUUUCGAUAAUAAAAUAUGUAUCCAUCUCUUCUAUGAUGGCUAUGUUUCAAUC